AUGUCUAAAAUUUACGGCAACUAUCAGAAUGAGAUCUACGGCAAAGGUGUAUAUUUAGAUACUCGGCAGACAGUGUCGACCGAUCCUCGAUUAUUGGAGCAACAAGCCAAAGAUGCUCUAAGCCAGAAGUCGUUUGACUUCGUCGCUGGCGGUGCAGGUGAGAAAGCUACGAUGGAUGCGAACCGAUUGGCCUUUCGACAAUGGAAAUUGAUCCCUCGAAUGCUGCGCAAGAUGGAUGGUCAAAACACCUCAAUCGAGCUUUUCGGCAAGAAGUAUGAUCACCCAGUUAUAAUGGCUCCCGUUGGAGUACAGGCUAUUUUCCAUGAAGAUCGCGAGACCGGGUUAGCUCAAGUUUGCGCCGAAGAAGGGCUUCCCUACACAAUGAGCACAGCAAAUACUUGCUCUACGGAAGAUCUAGCUGCUGCUAGUAAAGAUGGUGAACGUUGGUACCAACUUUAUUGGCCUCGUGAUAAUGAGAUCACGGCAUCUCUCUUGAAGCGGGCCAAGGAUAAUGGCUUCACCGUGUUAAUGAUCACGUUGGAUGCUGUUCCUCUCGCAUGGCGACCGGCUGAUUUGGAUAACGGAUACAUACCGUUCCUUAGCGGUGUUGGAUGUGAGGUUGGAUUGAGUGAUCCGGUGUUCCGAGCUAAAGUCGAGAAGGAAACUGGACGUAAGGUUGAAGAUGAUAUUCCGGCUGCUGCUCGAAUGUGGCUCGCUGAGACUUACUCGGCUCCUGGGCCUACCUGGGAAGGACUGGAAUUCAUAAAGAAGAACUGGGAUGGUCCUAUCAUUCUGAAAGGCAUUCAGCAUGUGGAGGACGCGAAGCUCGCUCUGGAAUGGGGCUGCGAUGGGAUUGUAGUGUCUAAUCACGGAGGUCGCCAAGUUGAUGGUGCGAUCGGUUCGCUGGAGGUGCUCCCUGAGAUUGUUGAUGCAGUUGGUGACAGGAUGACAGUACUUUUCGAUUCAGGAAUCCGAACAGGUAGUGAUAUCAUCAAGGCGCUGUGUCUGGGAGCUCAAGCGGUGCUGGUCUCACGACCCAUUGUAUAUGGAUUUGCCAUUGAUGGGCGUGAGGGCGCACGACAAGUGAUUAAGAAUUUGCUGGCUGACCUAUGGUUGAACAUGGCAACGGCGGGGAUCCGGAAUGUGGCGGAGUGCAAUCGGUCACUGAUCCGUAAGGUACAAUAUGGCGGUGAUACUAAAGCGAUGUUUUAA